CCCCCAAAAAAAAAAAAAAAAAACAAAAAACAAAAGAAGACAGACAACAAGAGAAACCGCUUCUGGUUUCCAGUGGCGGUUCGCUUUACACAGUCCACUCCUAUCCUUCCUUCUUCCUUUUCCCAUUUCCCCCCCUCUCAGAUUUGUUGCCUUCAAUCUGCUUCAUUUAUAGAAAGAAAGAAAAAAAAUAAAAAUAAAACAGAAAGAGCAAGGAAAUGGGCAUCACCAAAAACAUUACCGUAAUCCAAUCAAUCCGAAAUUUUGGCAUCCACUGAAAUUUAUCAUCAGGUAAAGAACACACGUAGUGAAAUUUGAGAGAUACAAGACAAAUUUAAUCUUCAAAAUCUCUGCUUUAUCCAUUUCCAUUUCACUUCCUUCCCAUGUAGUAGUAUUUACUGCGUCACUCUGUACAUGCUUACGCUAAUAGCAACAAACUACUACCGCUUCCUUGUUUCUCAAAUCCCUCUGUAUAUAUGCGGUGCCCAUCUUUAUCAUCAUCGCACCAAGACUGCACUUUUUUUUAUUAUGAGUCUUUGCAUUUAUAGAUUUCAUAUUCUCCGAGGCGUUUUUUCAUCUGGGAUUCUCGUUUUCUGUACUGUUUAUAUCAAAUUUUAGCUUUUUGAUUUGUGGGUCUUCAGUGUUUCUUGGGAAUUCGGGGGGUUAAGGUGUACAGUAAUUUGAUAUAUAUAUAUAUAUAUAUAUAUAUAUAUUGAGAGAUAGACUUAUAGAGAAAGGGGGCAGUAGCGGUGGGUUUAGACAGAUAGAGUGAUGGUGGGGAAUGGGAAUGAUCCAGUGGUGGAAUCGUUCUUGAAUACAAUUCAAGUUGUAAAGAGUGCGUUUUCACCAUUAGAAUCUGGUUUGAGGAAGGCCGCCAAGGAAUUUGAGCUGUGCUUGCCUCAUAUUGCUUUGAAAAAUGAUGAGGAUAAUGAGACCUCAGUGGCCCUGUUGAAUGUUAAAAGAAAAUGUAAUCAUGGUGGGUGUGAUGGUGGUGUGCAAUGUGUUGGGGUUAGGGAUGAGAAAAAGAAGGGUUUAUCUAUUAAGCCACCGAUCAAGAUGUUUCUGGGGAUGUUUUCUGAGAAGAAUGGGGUUAAUGGGAGUUGUACUAGGGUUGAAAAUGGUGGGAAAAAAGGGUCAAAAGAUAAGUGUGGCAAUAGGGUUAAUGGAAGCGGUGGGAAAGACGAUAAAGGUUGUUCCAAUUGCUUGCAAUUUGCAGUGGCAUGGUCCUUGUGGAUAAAUGGGAUUUUUCAAGCUUUACCUAGUCAGCUUAGGUUUGGGAAGAAAAGGGGUCAGAAGGUUUAUGAUGAGGAUGUUAUUAGAAGUGAUACUAUUGAGAAGGUAAAGGGUUCGCAUCAAACCGAGGAAAGAAGGCCUAAGGGGCUGUUUACUUUGGGUUUGGGUGAUAAGGAGUUGAAGCAAGAGGAAGAAAGAAUGUUGCCAUUGGAGUGUUUCCUUGGUUUUAUAGUUGAUCAGUUCGUUCAGAAUAUUCAAAAGCUUGAUUCCCGUAAGAAGGAAGUUGACUGCAAGGCUGUGAAUGGGGAGUCUAGACAGCUCCCUUUCAGUCAGCCUGAUCCUUUUUGGGCUCUUUUUAGUAUUCUUGAGGGUAAAAGGGCUGAGGUGAAUGGCUUUUUCGGAAACUUGAAUUUUGCACGAGUUGGAGGUGUUCCUUCUAGUAUGGUAGGAGUUACUUCUCCAGACAAUGAAGAAAGUGAAGAUGGAGUUAGUAAUACUGGAAAUCAGGAAGAUAGUGGAGGCAUUUCUCCUCAGAAGGUAGCAAGUGGAUUGUUCAGCAUUCCCUUAUCAAAUGUUGAGCGGCUCAGGUCCACUCUGUCAACUGUUUCACUGACAGAACUGAUUGAGCUUCUACCUCAACUUGGAAGACCAUCUAAAGACCACCCUGACAAGAAAAAGUUGUUCUCUGUUCAGGACUUCUUCAGAUACACUGAGGCAGAAGGAAGGAGGUUUUUUGAGGAGUUGGAUAGAGAUGGAGAUGGCCAAGUUACUAUGGAAGAUCUUGAAGUUGCCAUAAGAAGGAGAAAGUUGCCCAAGAGAUAUGCACGUGAGUUCAUGCGUCGUGCUAAAAGUCACUUGUUCGCAAAAUCAUUUGGUUGGAAGCAAUUUUUGUCGUUAAUGGAACAGAAAGAACCAACCAUCCUGCGAGCAUAUACCAGUCUCUGUUUGAGCAAAUCUGGGACGCUACAGAAAAGCGAAAUUUUGGCAUCAUUGGAAAAUGCAGGACUUCCAGCAAAUGAAGACAAUGCUAUAGCUAUGAUGCGUUUUCUGAAUGCGGACACAGAAGAAUCUAUUUCUUAUGGGCACUUUCGCAACUUUAUGCUUUUGCUACCGUCUGAUCGGCUUCAAGAGGAUCCCAGGAGUAUCUGGUUUGAAGCGGCAACUGUUGUGGCUGUUCCUUUGCCUGUGGAAAUAUCUGCUGGAAGUGUUCUAAAGUCAGCUUUGGCGGGAGGGCUUUCUUGUGCAUUGUCGACAUCGCUGAUGCACCCUGUCGACACAAUUAAGACUCGAGUGCAAGCGUCAACACUUACCUUUCCCCAAAUCUUGUCAAAGCUGCCAGAACUUGGAGCACGUGGAUUGUACCGGGGUUCUAUUCCUGCAAUUCUUGGACAAUUUUCAAGCCAUGGAUUGCGGACUGGCAUUUUUGAAGCUAGCAAACUUGUGCUGAUAAACGUUGCUCCAACACUUCCAGACCUGCAGGUCCAAUCUGUUGCAUCCUUUUGUAGCACUUUUCUGGGAACAGCAGUUAGGAUACCUUGUGAGGUCUUGAAACAAAGGUUGCAAGCUGGGUUGUAUGAGAAUGUGGGGGAGGCAAUAGUUGGUACUUGGAACAAAGAUGGUCUGCAGGGUUUCUUCCGUGGCACAGGUGCCACUCUUUUCAGGGAAGUUCCCUUUUAUGUCGCAGGCAUGGGUCUUUAUGCCGAAUCUAAAAAGUUCGCGCAAAAACUUCUGUGCCGUGAGCUGGAACCCUGGGAGACAAUUGCAGUCGGGGCUCUAUCUGGUGGACUAACUGCUGUAUUGACUACUCCAUUUGAUGUUAUUAAAACCAGAAUGAUGACUGCCCAAGGUAGGAAUUUGUCGCUGAAAUUGGUGGCCUUAUCAAUCGUUCGCCAUGAAGGAGCCCUUGGAUUGUUUAAAGGAGCCGUGCCUAGGUUCUUCUGGAUUGCUCCUCUGGGUGCAAUGAACUUUGCUGGCUAUGAGCUUGCAAAGAAAGCAAUGGAUGGAAAUGGUGAUGAAAAUAGUGACCAGAACUCCCAGAAGAAGUUAGUUAACCCUGGCCAGGAGGCAAAGUGAUCAAGAUAGAAUCAAUCACCAUGCAACAUCAAUCAACCUCUUUUUCUUCCAACUGUCUUCAUUUAAGUUACAGGAAAAUUUUGAACUUUUUUGUUCCAGAGUAGAUUUAGCGAUACAUGGCUCAGAUUAUCUGUCGAAAUCCCUGUGGUAUACCAUCCUGGAAACUUGGAAGUUUCCCAUAUCAUUUGUAAGAUUUUUCUUCUUUCUUGAACUCAUAGGAAAUGGUAAACAGAGGCCCGUCCCUCGUUUUUGCCUUGUAAGUAAACCUUGUAACUUUUACAACAGCAGGCAAUUUUUAGGUUGUCUCUUUUAGAACUUAUAUUGUUGUUAAUUUUUUUUUUUGUUUUUGAGAUUUGUGCUAGAGCCUUUGUUUGCUUUCCUG